GUGCGAAUGAGAGAGAGUGAGACAGAUAAAACAGACAGAGGCAGACAGGCAUACACAAGUUCAGUCCAGAGGAGACCACAGCGUUUACACAUGUGACAGAGUAAAGCUGGCUCAAGGAUGUCUGUCAGCUCCCCGAGUAGCAGUGACGCAUGUUUGAGCAUCGUUCACAGCCUCAUGUGCCACCGGCAGGGUGGGGAGAAUGAGGGCUUUGCCAAGCGUGCCAUCGAGAGUCUGGUGAAGAAGCUGAAGGAGAAAAAAGACGAGCUAGACUCCCUCAUAACUGCCAUUACCACCAACGGAGUCCACCCCAGCAAGUGUGUGACCAUCCAGAGAACGCUGGACGGCCGGCUGCAGGUAGCAGGACGAAAAGGCUUUCCCCAUGUCAUAUAUGCUCGACUGUGGCGCUGGCCAGACCUCCACAAAAACGAGCUCAAACAUGUCAAGUUCUGCCAGUACGCCUUCGAUCUCAAGUAUGACAACGUGUGUGUCAACCCCUACCACUACGAACGGGUGGUGUCUCCCGGCAUCGUUGGACUGAGUUUGCAGACCACAGCUUCCCUCUCCCUGCCCUCGUCGGGCAGGCCAAUAAAGGAAGAGUAUAUUCAUGACUGUAUUCAGAUGGAAGGGCCAUCCAGGUUGCCCUCCCAGCAGGACCAUCGUGCCCCAGACCACUACAGCCAACAACUGCCCCCCCUCCAGCUGCCUCCAGAGCCCCAUCACCACUCCCCUCCCUCAGUAACCCUUUACCCCAGCCUGCCCCUCUCCCCACCUGCGAGCAGUUCCAGAUUGUCCCUGCAGGGGAGCCGUACUGAAGGCCUGCUGCAGAUAGCCUCUCCUCCAAGCAGGGCUUUGGCUUCCAGCUCUCCCCCGACUACCCCCACUGCCACACACCCACCAACACACACAACCACACACACGCAGGCUUCCGGCCAACAACCCGCUGACAGCCAGAGUGACUACAGCACCCCCAAACACACACAGACACAGACCUCCUACCACACUACAACUUGGACAGGAACGAGUACUGCCUCCUACACACCUGUGGGAUCCCAACAAAAUGGGAGAAGUCAACAGCAAGCCCCUCCCCACCACACUGGUCAUUUCUGGUCUCAACAUCACACUCCAGCCUCAUACCCACAGCCAGUCUCCAACCAUCCAGGUCCAGAGUUCUGGUGCUCCAUCUCGUACUUUGAGAUGGAUAUCCAGGUGGGAGAGAUGUUUAAGGUGCUGGCUAACUGCCCUAUGGUAACUGUGGACGGGUACGUGGACCCAUCAGGAGGAGAUCGCUUCUGUCUGGGGCAACUCAGUAAUGUGCAUCGCACAGACGCCAGUGAGAGAGCACGGCUCCACAUUGGUAAGGGCGUGCAGCUGGAGUGCCGUGGAGAGGGGGACGUGUGGAUGCGCUGCCUGAGCGACCACGCUGUCUUUGUGCAGAGCUACUACCUGGACAGGGAGGCAGGGAGAGCGCCAGGAGAUGCUGUGCACAAGAUCUACCCAGGAGCCUACAUAAAGGUUUUUGACCUCCGACAGUGCCAUAGGCAGAUGCAGCAGCAGGCAGCGACUGCACAGGCAGCUGCAGCUGCACAGGCUGCAGCGGUGGCAGGGAACAUUCCAGGGCCAGGCAGUGUGGGGGGCAUUGCUCCUGCUGUUAGUUUCUCUGCGGCGGCAGGUAUAGGUGUGGAUGACCUGCGGCGUCUGUGUAUACUGCGUUUGAGCUUCGUGAAGGGCUGGGGUCCUGACUACCCACGCCAAAGCAUCAAACAGACGCCCUGCUGGGUGGAGGUGCAUCUCCACCGUGCCCUGCAGCUGCUUGACGAGGUGCUGCACACCAUGCCCUUCGCUGAUCCUGGCCCUGCUAACUGACCUGCGAACAGAGAUUACAAAGAAAGACUUCAGCAGUAUUACAGCAGCUCUUGUGCACCACAGCAGCCCUCAGACCAAGAAUAGGGAGAGAGAGACAGAGGGAGAGAGAGACGGUGAUACGCUACAUAGCUUCUCUCGCAUACACAGCACGCCCGCAUGAGCAGACAGUGACUCAUGGAAGCAGGCAAGAAACACACGCGAGCUUUCCACUGCCACGGCCAGCAGACUGAGCAGACCUCCACGCUGACCUGUGUUUAGUCCGCGGAGCUGUUGACCACAUUACCAUGGAAAUACAGACCAGAGAGAGAAAGAUGUUUUCAAAGCCCAGGUAAAUAUGAGACCUUGAAAGUGAAGUGUUCAGCAGUCUUGAUAGAGAGGCUUGUGAGACACCACUGAAACCUGUGGGCCGUCCUGACUGGAACCGAUGACUCAUGGUAUUCUAGGCUGAGGAGAUGAUUCUAAAUGCUGAGUCUUGCUGUAAAGCAGUGAUGUCACAGAGCUUAAUAUGGGGACUGAUAAGAGAUAAACAAUCUUCAUGCUGAUCUUUGUUAUUUUGGAAAAGCAGGGUUACUGCUACAGUGCCUUUUUGUAACCAUCAGACAGUAUUUUAUUGUAGAAAUAGUGGGUUUUGGUGAAACCAAAGCACCAAUUCAUAUCAAGUGAUAACCAUGCUAUAUUUAACAGUUUAUUGUACCAAAGAAGGGAUUGUAUUGUUUUCCUUUAUUGCUGUACCAUAAGACAAGGAUUGAAUAUCGUUUAAAAUUGUUGGAUAUCGAUACAUUGACUCUGAUACUGAUUCCUGAACAGUACUUUUUUAUAUUGUUGCUGUCCAAAAAAAACAAGUAUCUCCAAAAUGGUAACUUCGCAGGAGAGGGCAAAAACGCCCUUAACUUUUAAUGUAUGUUAAUGUAAAGUUAUUUUAUUCUAACUGAUUUUGGAGCAUUUCAAUUGAUGUAAUCAUCAUGACAUUUUCACACAAUGUAAAGGAGAACUGCCAUGUUCAAAUGACGUAGAAAAAUAACAAUCACCAAUAUAUCACCAAAGAUACAUGUUUUUCUUUGGACAGCGACAAUAUCUUCCUUCAAAUUACCUUCUUUUGUUUGUGAUUUAAACCAGACAUGAGUAUGAGCUGCUGGAAGUGGGUAUAUUUACUGACCACAACUGAUUGCAAACUAAUCAAGAAAAACUGCUGCUGAUAACAUGCAAACAGAAUGUAAUUCAGACAACCAAUCAUGAAUGGAACAACAUUCACUGACAGAUUUCUUAUGUAUUGAAAUUUGGUAUUGAAUGAAAUUUUUCAGUUCUCUGUA